AUGUUGUUGGGGAAGAGGCCUCGUCCUCAGAUAAGGAGAACGACAAGCUUGACGGAAUGCAAUAUGGAUCUAAACAACCCAGAAGAAGCUCCGACAACCUCUGAUUCUAUGGUUCAGAACGCCAUGAAAGAGCGUGGAUUUGGGUCAGAUGGGUUCGAUUACCGGCUUAUGGCCGCUACUAUCUCUCCCAGAACAACCCAUAAGAGGAAUUCCAACAAUUUCAUUGAAACACCUCACUUCUUAAGAGCUUGUAACCUCUGCAAGCGCUGCCUUGGCCCUGUCCAUGACAUCUACAUGUACAGAGGAGAUAGCGCAUUUUGCAGUUUAGAAUGUCGACAGCAGCAGAUUAACCUAGACGAACGCAAGGAGAAGUGUGCAUUGGCUUCGAAGAAAGAUGCAUCGACUACCGCUGGAUCAAAAUCCUCCAUCCUCCCCUUCUAA